AUGGCGUCCUGGAUCCAACGCCAGGGUGGAUCCCAUCAGACACAACUUGCAGCUACAGCCGUGAUUUCGGGAGCUGCGGUCGCAGGUGCGAUCUUUGGCUACCAGGCAUUCAGACGGAAGGAAGCAGUACAGCGCCUCAAGGCGUCCAUACCGGAUGUUAACAACCAACACCAUGCGGAGAAGCUCACAGAAUACGGUGUCGCGGCUGCAACGCAGCUGAGCAAGGAAGAUGAAAGGAGUGCGCUUCUUGCUCGGAGGGCGCAGGAAGGAGACUAUGACGAUGAGCUCAUCCUCGAACAACUCGCCAGAAACCGUGUCUUUCUAUCUGAUGAGGGUCUCGCGAGACUCCGCUCGUCAUACAUAAUCGUGGUCGGAUGCGGAGGAGUCGGGUCGCAUGCCGUUGCAUCCCUUGCCCGCUCGGGUGUUUCCAAGAUCCGCUUGAUCGAUUUUGAUCAGGUUACGCUUUCCUCAUUGAACCGACACGCUCUUGCGACGCUGGCCGACGUCGGAACGCCGAAGGUACAUUGCAUUCGCAAGAGACUGGAGCAGAUCACACCAUGGGUGAAAUUCGACUGCCGGAACGAACUAUUCGGGGGAUCCGUCGCCGACAAUCUUCUUGCGCCCUGGUCCUGGGACGACCAUGAUAAAGGACGCAAGCCCGACUAUGUGCUCGACUGCAUCGACAACAUCACGUCCAAGGUGGAGCUUCUUCACUACUGUCAUUCACACUCAAUUCCCGUGAUUUCGGCAAUGGGAGCAGGAUGCAAGUCAGAUCCAACGCGCGUUACGGUCGGUGAUAUCUCACUCAGCACGGAUGAUCCGUUGUCGCGGAGCACUCGUCGGCGCCUGAAGUUGUUGGGAGUGAAUACAGGCAUUCCUGUUGUUUUCUCUACUGAGAAGCCCGGCCCUGGAAAAGCUACUCUUCUCCCAUUGAACGAAGCAGAGUUUAGUAAGGGUGAGGUUGGUGAGCUUAGUGUGUUGCCCGAUUUCCGGGCGCGAAUUCUCCCUGUGUUGGGAACAAUGCCUGCAGUGUUUGGCUACACCGUGGCGAAUCACGUCAUCUGCGAUAUCUCCGGCUAUCCGAUGGACUACAGCGUGGGUGGAAAGGGUCGUGACAAGUUGUACGAUGGAGUCUUGGCAGCCUUGCAGGGAACGCUCGAGCGCUUGGCCCGGGCGGAGUAUGGACCUAGCCUUGUCGGGCUUCGCCUUCCUAUCAGCAAGGAUGAUGUUGGAUAUUUGGUCGAUGAGAUCUUCCGCGGCAAGAGUGUGGUCAGUGGCCUGCCCAGUCGAAUCAGUCUCGUUCCCUGGAAGCGCCCUGACAGAGGAUUCGGACCUGAUCCGGAGUGGAUGAAGCAGGGACAGACAUUUGUUCCGCUUGAGUUGAAGGAUUUAGUGUGUAUGACCAAAGAUGAAGCUACGCGCCAUGAAAAGGAAGUGCUUCUGGGUGGCAAGAAGCUGGAGGAGGUAUACGAUGUCAAGACGAUUGAAACGGUGCAGAAGCGCCAACAGGAGAUGGAGUUUCACGAGCAAUAUCGCUAA